CUCUCCUCCAGGUUUGAAUCGGCCAUUUCAUCUCCACGGGCAAACCCCACCGACAGAGGCAGCGGGACGGAGACUGACAACAUCUGAAGAUGAGUGAACAAGCUAUUUCCUUCGCUAAGGACUUCUUGGCUGGUGGUAUUGCUGCUGCCAUCUCCAAAACAGCUGUAGCUCCUAUUGAGAGGGUCAAGCUUCUCCUACAGGUACAGCAUGCCAGCAAACAGAUCGCAGCGGACCAGCAGUACAAGGGCAUUAUCGACUGUGUCGUCCGCAUCCCCAAAGAGCAAGGCUUCCUCUCAUUCUGGAGAGGGAAUCUGGCCAACGUCAUUCGAUACUUCCCCACUCAGGCCCUCAACUUUGCUUUCAAGGACAAGUACAAGAAGGUUUUCCUCGACGGCGUGGACAAGCACACUCAGUUCUGGAGGUAUUUCGCAGGCAACCUGGCCUCGGGCGGCGCUGCAGGUGCCACCUCGCUCUGUUUCGUGUAUCCCCUCGACUUCGCCAGGACACGUCUGGCCGCUGACGUCGGCAAGGCUGGAGCGGGGCGUGAGUUCAAAGGCCUGGGAGACUGCUUGGUGAAAAUCAGCAAGUCUGAUGGCAUCAAGGGUCUGUAUCAGGGCUUCAGCGUCUCAGUGCAGGGCAUCAUCAUCUACAGAGCGGCAUACUUUGGCGUCUAUGACACAGCAAAGGGCAUGCUCCCAGACCCCAAGAACACACACAUUUUUGUGAGCUGGAUGAUUGCUCAGUCCGUGACUGCAGUUGCCGGUCUCGUGUCAUACCCCUUCGACACUGUCCGUCGUCGUAUGAUGAUGCAGUCUGGACGCAAAGGAGCUGACAUCAUGUACUCUGGCACCAUCGACUGCUGGAGGAAGAUCGCCCGUGACGAGGGCUCCAAGGCCUUCUUUAAGGGGGCGUUGUCUAAUGUGCUCAGAGGCAUGGGUGGCGCGUUUGUCCUUGUCUUGUAUGACGAGCUUAAGAAAGUCAUCUAAGUUGUUUUUGUAUGUCCACUGUUCAUGUUGUGAAGUCUGUCUGUAACAUAUCUUGUACAUUUGAAAGGACUUUAAAUGCUGCGCUAUAUUUAUAGGGACCAACUAGUAUUUUCUACUAGUUGUACGGGGGGGAACUGUUAUGCACUCUUCUCUUGGCCCAUGCUUUUACUUUUUGUUGUUUUGCCCCUCAUCAGAAUGUAAUUCCCUCUUGCACAGGAACCUAACAGGGAAGAAUAAACACAACUUACUGAGUAAA